AUGAUUACAGCUGACAUUAGAAUAGUCUGCGUCGUAGGAAGCGGUUUUGUGGCUGCGUUGAGCUACAUUAGAGCUCGGGAUGGACAGGAACGUCGAGACAAUUAUAGUGAGGGUGUUAGAUCUCAAGAAACGGCGGCACGAUUAACGGACAGAGAGCGGCGUUUUCUGAGUUUUGCUUCCGUCGAAUGUGGUCGACAAAUUUACAUGACACCACAGGAUUUCCUAGAGUCGGUUCUGGAACGCGAUCCGAAACCAUGUUUGAGGCGAAAGAUAUUGACGAAUGAUGAAAUUUGGCAACUUCACGAUUCUGUACCGCCAGUGGGGAAAAGCAGCUCAAAGUUGUUCCGAAUGCUUUCCGAUAAAGGUAUUAUUUCUUUCACGGAGUACUUAUUCCUGUUGUCGGUACUGACAAAGCCUCAAAGUGGAUUCCGAAUCGCGUUCAAUAUGUUCGACAGGGAUGGUAAUCACCACGUGGACUUGAAAGAAUUUUUGAUCAUUCAUCAACUACUUGGCCAAUCGUUUAAGGAUAGGAAAGCAGAUGAAAACACUAGAAAAAUCUUGAAACGACUCGAACCGAAACAAGGUGCUACUUCCGAAGCCUACGGUGCUCUUCCUACCACAAUACAGAUUCACUUUUUCGGAAUGGACGGAUCCAGAACAAUGAGUUACGAGCAGUUCAGUUGUUUUAUGGAAAGCCUGCAAAAAGAAAUACUACAAAUCGAGUUUGGGCGGUACUCACAGCGAGGUGACCAAAUAACAGACGAAGACUUCGCCAGGAUAUUACUGCGUUACACGCAACUUAAACCCCACGAGUACGGUACAUAUCUUCGACGAAUCGACAAUCUUACAAACCGUCGCUUAGUUUCGUUCGAGGAAUUCGAACGAUUUUGUCGUGUACUGCACAAUCUAGCGGAUUUCGCACUGGCGAUGCGAAUUUUUCACUCGGUGAAUGGCACCAUCUCGAAGGACGAAUUUUCGCGUGCGGUGAAACUUUUCUCCGGAUCGACCUUGACGGAUCAUCUGAUCGACAUCGUGUUCGCAAUGUUUGACGCCGACGGUGACGGGCACAUGUCUUACAACGAGCUGCUACUGGUGAUAAAGAACAGAUUUCGUUUCCGGAAUGAUCGCAAACUGGUUGGUUGGAGAGCAUUUCAACGUUGCUGCCGGCUCGAGAUGAGGCACAGUGUCGAUUGA